UAAAAAUAAAAAUAAACCACUCCAUAAUUUUAUCGUCAUUGUUUGUGACGCGGAAGUUUAUGUGAAAACUGCAUUUGUGACGGUGAGAAAUGAAGGCGUGGUGAACAAAUGAGAGCAUAUGAGAGAAAGCAAGAGAGAGAGAGAGGAAGUUUGUCUUCCUCUUCCAUCACUGGAGGAUCACUUCACCUCUUCAGCAGCCAACUAAUCAAACAGGACGGAAAUGUAAAAGCUAAGAUGUUGAAUUCUUCGAGUCCAGCCCAGAAGAACCUCAGUGAAGAGGACAGCUCUGGAUCUGAACCGGAGACAGACCGCUUUGGCUUCAUCUUAACCAAUGGUUCCACAGCUGGGAGUUUGGGCCCGCCACCUGAACUGGUCAGGCAGAGGGAGGCCAAGUGGAUAAAGAUCAUUGACCAAUGGGAUCGCAUCUUGUCGAAGAAGAGCAGUAAGGUCAAAGUGCAGUGUCAGAAAGGAAUCCCUGCCUCGCUCAGAGCCAAGUGCUGGCCUCUGCUGUGCGGAGCUGCCAACAGGAUGAAACAGCAUGAAAACCUCUACGAGACUCUGGAUGAGCAGCCGGCUCUGCAGAGCUGGGUGGAUGUGAUUGAGAGAGAUCUGGACCGGCAGUUCCCUUUCCACGAGAUGUUCCAGUCCAAAGACGGACACGGGCAGCGUGGUUUGUUCCGGGUGUUGAAAGCUUACACCCAGUAUCAGCCAGAUGAGGGUUACUGUCAGGCUCAGGGGCCGGUGGCUGCAGUGCUGCUGAUGAACAUGCCUGCUCAGGAGGCCUUCUGGUGUCUGGUUCAGAUCAGUGAGCAAUACCUGCCCGGAUAUUACAGCCCUCUGCUGGAGGGAGUACUGUUCGAUGCGGCCAUGCUGACCUGGGUUUUGAAAAAGACGUGUCCAGCUGCACACAAACAUCUGCAGAACCACGGAGUGGAGCCCCUCAUGUUUGCCACCGACUGGCUGAUGUGUCUGUUCACACGUCACCUUCCAUUCAACACGCUUCUCCGAGUCUGGGACCUCUUCUUCUGCUAUGGGGUCCGGGUGCUGCUACAGGUUGCAGCGGUGCUGGUGCGCCGGGUGUUGGGUCGAGCUGAGCAGAGGAAGCAGUGUCAGGGCCAAAUGGAGACUCUGGAGAAGUUGAGGGGUGUUAAGGAGGAGGUCCACGAUGAAGACGACGAAUUCAUAGCAGAGGUAUGCUCUGUGCCACUGUCGGGUAAAGAUUUGGAAAAGCAGACGGAGAAGGAGCUGGAAAAGUGGAGGAAAGAAAAACCAUCGUCCACGUUUGACCCCAGAGGUCGCUGCCAUGGAUACCAGAAGGCGUGGGCUAGAGCUCGGCAGCAUGAAAUUGAGAAGGAGAGGAAAGAGAGACAGAAAGGGAACCUCUCUGUCCCACUAACUCGCUCAGCCUCCUCUCUCUCACUGUCUCCUUCCCUCCUUCACAAGAAGUGGAGGAAAGUGGGAAAAGGGAACACAGUUGACUCCGAAGGCAGUAACAAAGUAGUGAGGCAUCUUUCAAUGGGUGGAAGGGAGGACUGGAAAAGCUGGAAUGAGUUUGACUUUAAGAAGGUACAAGGAGUCAAAGAGGAGGAGGAUGUAGUUUCAGAGGGACAAAAAGAGGGACAAACUGAACAGAAGGAAAUUUCACAGACACCUGACAAGAUUCAAGAAAUCAAAAAUAUCCAAACAGAAGAAACAGCAGCGGGAAAAGAACAGACUGAAAACACGGAAAAAGGAGUUGCUGAAAUUGAGGAAAGCAGUGUCAAAGAGACAGAAACAGGUGAUGUUAGAGAGAUGGAGAAAAGUGUUGUCACAGAGACAAGUGUUGUCAGGGAGACAGAGACAAGUGUUGUCAGGGAGACAGAGACAAUGUGUCACAAGCCUAUGUCAGGGGACAGAGACAAGUGUUGUCAGGGAGACGGAGACAAAGUGUUGUCAGGAACAGAGACAAGAGACAAGUGA